GUCACGCAAUCGGUUAAUUUUUUGUAUCAUUUAAUAUUAGGGACAUUCGUCAGUAAUCGGAUCAUGGAUUAAACCCUUGAUAUGUGAAGGUAUUGACCAUUGAUAUCAACAGCUUUCAGACGCAGAAAUUAAUGUACAGGCAAUACAAAAAAGAAUUAGAAAAACAGAGGGGUCUUCAAUGUGACACGCCCACUUUUAGGGAAACGGAAGUUGACAUUUUACUUCCUGUAGCAGACGAGUAUUUUGGAAAAAUGGCAGUCCAAGGGAAAGUUGAUAUGCUUUCCAUCCUGAGGGAUGAAUUAGCCUAUGAGGGUGGAGCAGCAUCUCAUGUUUUUGUUGUUUUAGGUGCAUCAGGAGAUCUUGCAAAGAAGAAAAUAUACCCAACACUUUGGUGGCUGUUUAGAGAUGGACUGUUACCACCAAAGACCUAUUUUAUUGGUUAUUCCAGAAGUAAACUUACUGUGGAAGAUAUCAAAAAGAAAGCACUGCCAUUCAUGAAGGUUAAAAAUGGAGAGGAACAGAAGGUAGAGCAAUUUUUCAAGAUCAAUGAAUACAUAGCUGGUAGUUACGACUCUCCUGGUGAUUUCUCAAAACUGAACAAAGCCAUUGAACAAAAAGGCAGCUGUAAUAGACUGUUUUAUCUAGCUCUUCCACCAACUGUGUAUGAAUCUGUCACCCUCAAUCUAAAAGCUACAUGUAUGUCAAAGAGUGAUAAAUGGACAAGAGUGAUUGUUGAGAAACCUUUUGGAAAAGAUUUAGAAUCAUCAAACAGAUUGUCCAAUCAUCUGUCAGCAUUAUUUAAAGAGGAGGAGCUAUACAGGAUAGAUCAUUACCUUGGGAAAGAAAUGGUACAGAAUCUCAUGGUUUUAAGAUUUGCCAACAGAAUUUUUAGUCCUGUCUGGAACAGAGAUGGAAUAGCUUCUGUUGUUAUUAGCUUUAAAGAACCAUUUGGUACACAAGGAAGAGGUGGUUACUUUGAUGAGUUUGGAAUCAUCAGAGAUGUGAUGCAGAAUCAUUUAAUGCAGAUACUAACCUUGGUAGCAAUGGAAAAACCACCUACUACAAAUGCUGAGGACAUACGUAAUGAAAAGGUUAAAGUAUUGAAAAGCAUCCAACCAGUAGAUAUAAAAGAUACAAUUUUAGGCCAAUAUGUAGGUAAACCUGGUGGUAAAGGAGACGAGGGUCAAGGUUACCUUGACGAUCCUACUGUUCCUAAAGGGUCUGUAACUCCUACAUUUGCUACUGCUGUGUUGCAUGUGAAAAAUGAGAGAUGGGAUGGUGUACCAUUUAUACUUAGAUGUGGGAAAGCAUUGAAUGAAAGGAAAGCAGAAGUGAGGAUACAAUUCAAAGAUGUUGCUGGAGAUAUUUUCCCUGAUGGGGAGGUAAAGAGGAAUGAAUUGGUGAUAAGAGUACAGCCAGACGAAGCUGUAUAUCUGAAAAUGAUGGCAAAGUCACCAGGGAUGUCUUUUAACUGUGAGGAAACAGAGCUGGAUCUCUCUUACUCUUCUAGAUACAAGGAUCUCAAACUUCCAGAUGCCUAUGAGAGGUUGAUUUUAGAUGUAUUUUCUGGUAUCCAGAUAAACUUUGUUAGAUCUGAUGAAUUAUAUGAAGCCUGGAGAAUAUUUACGCCAUUACUUAACAAGAUUGAAACAGAGAAGCCAAAACCUAUUACUUAUGUCUAUGGGAGCCGUGGUCCAAAGGAAAGUGACAAACUUUGUCAUGACAGGGAUUUUAUCUACACUGGAACAUACAAAUGGAGUAAGCCAGAACCUGCUGGCAAAUUGUAAAGUUCUGAACAGAUCAAAGUUAAAAAUGACAGUACUUAUUACUGGAGAGGCAGCAAUGAAAAUUUUUAACGAUUCCAGACUCACAGGGUAUCAAUCUGUGAUAUAAAUUAUUCAGAAUCUUUGUUAAAAAUACAUUCAAAAUUGUAUAUAUAAAGAACAGGAAGGAGUAGUGUUUAGUUAUAACCAGGUGUGUGUAAAACAGACGUUGAAAUACAUGAAUUUCUCAUUUAUCUGCAGUUACAAGUAGAAUGUUUUCCCAUCCAAACUGACAAGAUAAAAAUAUUUUAUCUUAAAAUUAUCAAUGAUUGUUCUCAUGACAUUAUUUGGCCAAUGAUAUAAAAACUGAGAUAACAAAUUUUGUAUUACAUGUAUAAAGUGCUAGUUUUAUAAUAGUUUAAACAUAGGUUGAACAAAAAGUGCUAUAUGUUAGUGCCAUGGUUACAAAGAAUAUAUCUUUAACUAGGAACCUUAACUCCAAAAUCAUUUAUUGUUUGAACAUAUGAAUUAAUUUAAUGAAACGUGUUAUUCAAUGACUUCAUUUAUGAGAAGAAUAAGUCAUGAACUACAGUAUUAAUAGUUUAUAUCUAUGAGAUAAGGCACAUUUGAUCUUUUGCUCAAAACAGUAAAGGGAGAUAAUUGAGACAGUCUAUAGUUAUAUAUGUUGCUAGAAUGAGAGUUAUUAAAGACUUUUUACUUAUUUAAUUGUUUGUAACUUGAGACAUCAUAUAUAAAUUAUUGUUUGAUUUCCAGAUUUUAUAACUUUUGAUGAACAAAUUUUCAAUUGUCAAAUCUGAAUCUCUGCAUGUUUUUUAACCCUUGAAUUUUUUUUUUUUCACCAGCCAAAAAUUAUAUGAGAUUUGUUUAUAUAUAUUUAUUUACAAACUAUAUUGCAAUGUUUUCUGUUACACAUAUAAUUUGUUUCUAUGAAAUGUAUAUCUUAUAUUUUAAUGUUUUUAUACUGAUUGUAAAGUUAACUUUGAAUUAAACGUUAAAAGUGUAUAAAACCCAAAAGCAUAUAAUGGAAAGAAUUUUAAUGGAUUUUCAUACAACCAUUGAGUGUUAAUGUUCCUCAAAAAGGGAUUAACAUAUUUCGAAGUACAAAAAAAAAAUGAACGGUUUGCUGUCUUUAUAGUUUUGUCUGUUAGAUGUUUAUUUUUUAACUUUUUUUUUAAAUAAGGUUUAAGAAACUAACUUUUACUGUACAAUUAAUGUAGAUCAUAUGUGUGAAAGUUUUUUUAGUCCAAAUAUAUAUUGAUAAUUGAAGAAAUGUAAUUUUGCCUUGAUGCCUGUCCAGAUUGUGACAAGCAUUAUAAAAGACCCUGCUGAUUAUAUCUGUCCAAUUCUAUUUUUGACUUUAAAUAUUAUUACACAAUGUAUUUAUUUGAAGACCUAUGUCUAUAAAUUUUGUCAACACAAUAGGUGACCAGGAUAUAUACCACUUAUAUUACACAGAUUUUGAUUUGAAUACUAUCUAAUCACAUAACCAUAGCUUACAUUUUUCAUGUCAUAUUUCAUGUCUGAAGUUUUACAAUAAUGCACUGGUUUUGCAUAAUUUUUGGAAUAUUUUGCCAUCCUAAGUCAUCCUUUGUCCAUCUCUUUAUCUGUUCAUAUUGAACACUUAUUCCCUCUUUCAAAUUGUAACUGUCUACAAGAUGCUUAGGGAUUUUGUUGAUAGAACUGUUAGUUUAAUAGUAUAUACACUAGCAGUCUCUUGUGUUUGGUAUGGAGGGACAUUCCCUUAUGUUGUACAAAAAUGUAUAUUUGUUGUUUUAGCUGUUGUUCGACCAAAAUAGGCUUUUGUUGAUUUUGAGGAUAAAAAAUUUCUUUGGUAGCACCUUUUGUUUCUCAACUUUUUGAUUGUGAAAAGUAGAAAAAAGUUGUGGUAUUGAAUACUCAUGAGGCUGGUUAAUUUAAUCAAUUGGUUGACACUACUGGUGUUAGCAGAUUGGAACCAGUAGAUAAAUUUCCAUUUAACAUACCUCAUUUUUCACAUGUUCAUGUGUAUGUUCAGAACCAUGUCAAUUGUCGUUUUUUUACUGUAAAAAGCAAUAUUUUGAUCACUCAAAGUUUUCUACUGUUGUUUAGUUUUUGACACAUUAAUAAAUACCUGUCAUCUUCUUGGAUCAUUUUACUUUUGUUUUAUUAAAGUUGUUUUAUUACAUUAUGUAUGCUUAAAAUAUUUGUGCCAUCAAUUACAUCAUGAUCAGCAGAAUUAAUAAACAUUUUUCCUUUUUUUUCUAAUCAUAAUCAAGAUGCUGUGAAUUUCAUUUACAUCUGUAAUAGCUUAAAAACUCCCAAAAAGGUACCCAGAAGAUUCUUCCCAAUCAAAUUGCAUCUAUUGCUAACAUCCUUUUUGAUGUGUCAAUAAAAAUUCUGGCAUGCCACUAGUAUUUAAUGUUUUCUCAGAAUUAUUAUCAGAGUUAUUAGUACAAGUAUUAGUAUUAGUAUAUUACUGUGAUAUUGUUGUUUCCAGGUUUUUGUUGUUUUAUUUUGAUAUUUUUAUUUAAUACCUAAUUUGAAUCAAAAACUUACAGCAUUAUUUAUUUUUAUCUGUUAUUUUAAAGGUUGAAAACAUAGGGAUUUAAAAUAGAUCUUCAGCUGAAAUCUUCUUAUAACAGUAGAACUUUUAGUGUGUCUAAUGUUGGUUAUACAAUGUACUCCGUAAUACAUAAAAAACACUUUCAAAUUUGAUAACAAUUUUGGUUUUUAUUUUUGCUAGCAAUGCAUUCUUAUACAAAAAGAUAUACAAGAUGUAUUAUACAAAAAAGGAAAUUGAAUAUAUUCAGAUGUGUUAUGAGUAAUGCUGAUGCUUGUAUUUAAUGUUUGCCAAAACCUGUAUUUCAAUAAUGACAUGCUUAUAUCACAACCACAUCUCUUUUUCUUUCUUGUACCAAUUUCCAAAGGAAUUAUUGAAGGCUGACACAAAAAUCCAGUUAAAA